CAGUCUAUCUCUUUCUUUGCACUACACCGGUGUAGCACCAGAAAAAACGAAAACGCCAUUAGUUUACACUGUACAUCAGGUCAAGGAAAAAGGAUUCAAUGAAUAAACAAUACAAAAUCUAUUAAAUCGAUUGAACUUUACCGAACAGUGGCAUGAUGGAUACCGUGGGUAAACUUGAGGAAGAAGCGCUCAAACGUAAGGAACGAUUGAAGAAUCUGAAACGUAAACAAGAAUCAACUAACGAGUCUAUUAAAACGGUUGAAUCCAUUCCGAAGCCAGUCUUCCGUAAUUAUCGUCCGGAAAGCGAAGAUAUCAAAGAGAAUGCAAUCGAAGAAGUGUCUCCCAUGGAUUUGGAAACCGAGAUUAGUUCACAGCUGGCAAUGAUGAAAACUCCCAUCGUUAUUGAAGAUAUCGACAUUGCAAAUUUAGCGCCACGAAAACCUGACUGGGACUUGAAACGAGAUGUUUCGAAAAAACUAGAAAAACUGGAACGUCGAACACAAAAGGCAAUUGCGGAAUUAAUUCGGGAUCGUUUAAAGGCGGGGCAGGACGAUAUACUACAGGCCGUAAAUGUUGCUUCGGCAGCUAUCACCUCCACGAAUGAUAACGAGGAGGAAUAAAAAGUCAACCACGCCUAGAAACAUAAUUAUUUUACAUACAAUUAAUUAACUAUCUAUACAAUAGAAAAUAAGUUUGUUACUCUAUCCGAUUCUGAGGCCUCAAAUAACGGUUUGGG